AUGGGUUCGUCAGCUUCAGCGCUGAGCCUGGCUCACUUGGGCUCCAGCACGUCUUUGAAGAGCUACCGACGCUGCGGCUCGACGCCCUCUUCGUUCGGAGUGGUGCGAUUGGCAUCUUCGCUCUUUGUCUUGGACUUCAAUCACUCCGGCUCCACCUCGUCCGCACGCAGCCUCACCCGCCUCGGCAGCUGUCUUUCAGCCGCCGGCACCGUACAACUUCCCAACACCAUGGCCUUCGCCAGCAACUCGUACAUCUACUACGACAGCGGAACACCCAUGAUGCGGUGGUACAUGAGUGGCACUCAGGUGAUGAGCAUGGAUAGUAGUGGCGGCACACUGCACGGUACUUGGUACUACGAGACCGCCUUGACGGCCUCGGACCGACGUCUGAAGAAGGACAUCAAGCCGCUUCAACGGACCCUCCGCGAUCUCCUGUCACCCCAGGUCCGGGACGCCCUGCCGAAGACGGAGCCACAGCCGGCGCAGCCAGCGGCUCCUUUGGCGAAGACGGUGAAGACGGAGAAGGAGGCUCCAGAAGCGGGUGCCCUUUGGAUGCUCCGGCAACUCCGACCGGUCUCCUAUUACUUCAAGACCGGGGUCGAGUCCAAGUACAUGCGCUUCGGUUUCAUCGCCGACGAGCUGGAAACCGUGGUGCCGCAAGUGGUGCGCAACACCCAACAAGACGGUCUUCAAGAUACGAAGGGAGUGGCCUACAACGACCUCAUUGCGCUCUUGACCGCAGCUGCACAAGGUCAGCAGCAAGUCAUUGAGCGGCAACAGGAUCGUAUGGACAAGCUGCUCUCCGACUUCGCCUCGUUGAAGACUGAGUUGGUGAACCUGAAGCAGGAGGAGUUUGACCUGCCAAACUUGCGGGGUAAGAAGAAGACGAAGAGUGGAAAAGGAGCCAAGCCGCGAGCACGCGCGGACGCGUCCGCGCCUGCCGCGGAUGCGAAUGCCACGAAUAGCAGCAAUGCCACCAACCUCACCAACACCAGCGAGCCUGGUGGCCUCGGGUCACGCCGCUGA